CAAACUUGCUGUAUGCAAAAUGGCAGAUCAUUUUAUGCCUCGGCAAGGAACCCAGAGACGCUCGUUACCCCUGCACCAGUUAAGCUGGGAUAGGCAGAAGAAUGAAUGUCUGGGAAUUCUGCUUCGCCAGGAUGGGCUUACUCCGAAGGAUUUUCGGUCGUGGAUGCACCUGCGUAGAAUGGCGCAACUGGGGCCGAGUGAAGCGCGCCACUUUGCAAACGCUUUUGGCGGUGGCGUCGUGUGCAUGGAUCUCGACAAAACCGAGGACCGCUUCCUUCUGGCCGGCGCAGCUGAUACAACUUUGGCACUCUUUGAUACCCACACAGGCUCUGAAAAGGCGGUUACCACCAUGCAGCCCGUCUUCUCCCUAAGGCGCCAAACGCACCCCCAAGCGCACAAGUUCAUGAUUAGCUCCGUGGCUUGGUACCCCGUCGACACCGGCCUCUUUGUCACCGGCUCUCAUGACUGCUCGGUCAAGGUCUGGGAUACCAACGCUGUGGAGGAGGUGGUGAGCUUCCAGCUGCCCAAGAAGGUCUCCGCGGUGGCCAUGUCGCUGGUCGCAGUGGGUCACAGCCUGGUGGCAGCCGGCUGCGAGGACACGCAGCUGCGACUGUGCGACCCCACCUCGGGCGCGGUGACGCAUGUGUUUGCGGGACACAGGCGCCCCGUGUGGUGUGUCUCCUGGUCCACAUACAGCGAGUACGAGGUGCUGUCGGGCGACGGCGGCGGCCAGAUCCGCGUGUGGGACAUGCGGCGGGCGGGCUGCCGGGACGUGCUGGACCAGCACAACACGCAGCAGCGGCCCCCGCGGCCAGCCAGCGAGGAGGAGCCGCCGAUGGGGGGCUCGCCGGCCAAGAGGGCGCGGCGAGGUGGCGGAACAGGUUCCAUGCACACGUCCGCAUCCGCGCCUGCGCGACUGGGCUCCGUGUCCGCAGCAGCGGCCACAGCCCGCAUGAAGGAGAGCGCUCUGCGGGCGCACAGCGGCGCGGUCACCUGCGUGCUGCCGUGUCCGGACGCAGUGAGCCUGUUGUCUGCGGGCACCGAUGGCCAGCUGAGGUUGUGGGAUGCGCAGCGGAGGUACAACAAGCUGGUCGGUUACGACAGAACACACAACAGGGCGCUACGGGCGAGGCAGCUUGCGGUUACGGACGACGCGAGGGCGGUGUUUUAUCCUACCGGGUCGUCGAUCAAUGUGUACGAGGUUGAGUCGGGUCGGUUGCUUGCGGACAUGUCUGGCGGGCAUAGCGAGUCGAUUAAUUGUUGCGCGUACAACCCUGCUUUACAUGAGCUGUAUAGCGGUGCAAAUGAUCACACGGUGCGGGUGUGGUCCAUUGGGGCCCGUGCGGGCGAUGAGCCCGAGGGAAAUCCGAGGCGUAGUUCAGACGGCUGACCGAAUGCGCCAGUUCAAGCAUCCGAAAUACGCUGGAGCCCGGUUAUGCGCUGUAUGACAGCUUCUUGGUACAAUGUUUAUG